UUAUUGCGUCACGUGACGUGUACCCGGAAGUAUCCAAACCUUCCUCAACACUUCAUCUUCCUGACACACAUUUACUCACAUUAUUCAGCGGCGUCAAACUUACAUAUUCGUGUCCAUUACGCCUUAUAACUUUACCGUAAUGCUUCCCGCAGCUGCAGUUUAUCGUUUCCCCUGGGAGAUAAACUCUGGAGCAGUGCAGGAAGGAGAGUCAGUGAGAACAUUUGGCAGACUUACCUGCUACCAGCCUGAGGAGUCCAGGGCUACGCUUUCAGCUCAUCAUGCUUCAAAGGAGCACCAUGUGGUUGUCCACACCUUAUUUGUGGAGCCCUUUAACCCUAUAAUUGGGGCCCAGUACAUAGUUCUUGGUGAGAUAGAAAAUACUGAUGAGGUUGGGGUAAUGGUCCGUGCCCGUGUGCUGAGCUGUGUUGAUGGCGUAAAUGUUGCCCUUCUUCAGAAAGCCAUCAAUGAGCAAAGAAGCUUCUUCAGUGAGAGGGAGCACAAACAGAUUGAUGCUGUACAACCUGCACAUGUAACCUGAGCAGGGUCUUCACCCAUCAAGCUUCCCAGGGUUUCCUCGUUGAGUAUCGGGUCUAAAAGCUGCUGGUUCAGCUGUGUGUCAAGGUGCACUGGAGUGCUGUUGUGUGUGCUCAAGUGAGCUUGAGGACUCUCACAUGACUAUUUGUCUACCUUUGACCGUAACAGUUUCCUGCAUUUCAUCUGUCCAGGUGUCGAUGUUUGACAAUUAAAGCCCCAGAUUAAUGGAUUGAUGUGAGAGUUUCAUUAGUGGUCGAAGAACCAAUAGCAGAUGUUUUGGUUUGAUAGAUUACGAGUAUAGAAUUUAUUCAGCCAUGUUUCUUAAUGUUGAGGCAACCGAUAACUUGGUAAAAAGAUGAAAACAUAACUUUUGUUGAAGGGUUAUAAUAUUUUUUAAUGCUACCAUUUCUUAUAUUUCAUAUCUUUAUAUUUUUGAUGUAACUUUUUGAUCUGAUAUCCUGCAAAUUGCCCUUUAAACUGAUUACAUUUGAUAUGUCAUGUAUUGAUCAUGCAAAAUGAACUAAUAAAUAAAAACCAAACCGUGGUUAUAUUCCACUCACUCC